CCUUUGUCUGACUCCCACUCACCUUUACUCUUCACUUGACUCAUUCUCAAUACUUUGACUGCUUUGACACACCUCUACCCACAUCGACACCGCCAUCGACCACUCGAAACCUCCUCCCUCCUCCCUCCUCCAUCCACGCACACCACUCUCCAUCACUGCCCAUACCGCGCACCGCCGAUCGCGGAGCACGCAACCACACGCGACCAUGUGUCCAGCACCAGAGGUCGAGCACACCAAUGGCACCAACGGCCAUGCCAACGGCAAUGGAGUGACCAAUGGAACGAAUGGAAACCCGGACGGCUACCAAGCAUUUGAGACCAAGCAGGCCUCAAGACCCCAAUCCACCAACCCAUACGCACCCGUACAGGACUUCCUCAGCAAUGUGUCCAGCUUCAAGAUCAUCGAGUCGACGUUACGCGAAGGAGAACAGUUUGCCAACGCCUACUUCGACACAGAGACCAAAAUCAAGAUCGCCAAGGCGCUCGAUGACUUCGGUGUGGACUACAUUGAGCUUACCUCGCCCGCAGCGAGUGAGCAGUCCAGACUGGACUGUGAGGCCAUCUGCAAGCUCGGCUUGAAGGCCAAGAUCCUUACACAUGUGCGGUGCAAUAUGAGCGAUGCCAAGCUCGCAGUGUCAACUGGCGUCGACGGCGUGGAUGUCGUUAUUGGCACCAGCAGCCAUCUCAUGGAGCACAGCCACGGCAAGGACAUGACAUACAUCAAGAACACCGCUAUUGAGGUCAUCGAAUACGUCAAGUCGCAGGGCAAGGAGAUCCGGUUCAGCUCCGAGGAUUCCUUCCGGAGUAACUUGGUGGAUCUUCUGACCAUCUACAGCGCUGUGGACAAGGUCGGCGUGCACCGUGUCGGUAUCGCAGAUACUGUCGGCUGCGCCACACCUCGCCAAGUCUAUGAUCUGGUCCGAACGCUGCGCGGCGUGGUGAGCUGUGACAUUGAAACGCAUUUCCACGACGACACUGGAUGUGCCAUUGCCAAUGCAUACUGCGCUCUCGAGGCCGGUGCCACACACAUUGACACCUCAGUUCUCGGAAUUGGCGAGCGAAAUGGCAUUACGCCUCUGGGUGGACUUAUGGCUCGCAUGCUCGUUGCCGACCGUGAUUACGUCAAGUCCAAGUACAGACUGGAGAAGCUCAAGGCCCUUGAGGAUCUGGUCGCAGAGGCUGUCGAGAUUAACGUGCCUUUCAACAAUCCCGUUACUGGCUUCUGUGCUUUCACACACAAGGCUGGAAUCCACGCCAAGGCCAUCCUCAACAACCCAUCGACAUACGAAAUCAUCAACCCUGCCGACUUUGGAAUGAGCCGUUACGUCCACUUUGCAUCUCGACUGACUGGAUGGAACGCCAUUAAGUCGCGUGCUGAGCAGCUUGGCCUGGGCAUGACAGAUGCUCAGAUCAAGGCUGUCACCCUCAAGAUCAAGGCUUUGGCGGAUGUUAGACCGCUUGCGAUUGAUGAUGCCGACAGCAUCAUCCGCAACUUCCAUUUCAACCUGAGCGCCGACCGUGAGCGUGAGCUUCUCCAGCUUAGUGAGCAGGAGAAGAAGAAGUUCGCACAGGCCGAGAAGGAUCUCAGCCAGGAGGGCGAGAAGCGCUCGAUCGACGAGACCGCUGAUGCGCAAGCAGAGGUUCCUGCUGCUAAGAAGAGCAAGACCGCUGCUGUGUCAUGAGUGGAAGAAAUUUCCGUCUAUGAACCACCACCUGAGCGUCGGCGCUCAUGAAGCUGCGUGCAGUCUGCCAUGGGCGGCUGGAAUAUGCAUGGCGUCUUUAUGCAUAACGCCACACUGGGGAGUUUUGGGAGUCUGGGAGUUCAAGAUGCAUCUCUCACUGUAAAAUGCACGGGCGUGUUUGUGGAACAGUAUUAUAUGUGUGUGUGUGGAGAGGAUCAAAAAGCGAACAUGUGAGGAAAGUGACAGCACUGUACCUAGCUCAGGUAUGUACCUACCUGAGGUAAGGUAGGUAGGUACCUAGCGAUACAGUCAGAUACACGGAAAUGCGCAGCGAAGAUAGCUGGACAAGGAAAAACUUGGUUCGAUCCAGCCAGCAGCCAUUGAUGAUCUGAUUUCACUUGUCUCCUCUUAAGACUCCCAGUACAAGGUAGACAAUCUGUCCUAUACAUGUUUGUGAGGGUGCCUGAUUAGGUACUUACUACCUUAUCGUACCUACUACCUAGGUGAUACUA